AUGGUUACCACGGGAUGUAAGAGUGGAUUGUUAAUGGGGUUCGGCGCUGCGGCAGUGGUGGUGGGAGCUGUUAUGGCGGUAUUUUGGCCGCCGAUAUUCAUAACACAAUUACAACGGAUGAUGGUCCUAACCAAUGAAUCUAUGUCCUUCGAAAUCUGGCGAGAGACUCCAAUCCCCAUGUAUCUGGAGUUCUUCUUCUUUAACAUCACCAACGUAGAUGAGAUGAAGUCAGGAAACAAGGAUAUCAAACUGAAAGUGGAACAAGUCGGGCCUUAUGUUUUCAGAGAAUCUCAUAUAAAGACUAACCUGACGUGGAAUGACAACAGCACUAUUACCUUCUACAACCAGCGGCAUUGGUACUUUGAGGAGCACAAGUCAGUCGGCUCCUUAUCAGAUGUGAUCACCAGCGUCAAUCCUAUCGUUGUCACAGUGGGGUACGUAAUGCGUCAUCGGUCUUUUGAAUUGAGAGCAGCCCUUGACUUCAUCCUGCGAGGAGUCCACGAAAAUAUGUUUUUAUCAGCCAACGUCUCGUCUUGGAUAUUCGACGGUAUAGAGGACCCGAUAUUGAGCCUGGCUGCUGACCUGCCAGAUCUACCAUUCGUAGUACCUUAUGAUAAAUUUGGAUGGUUUUAUGGGCGUAACGGUUCCAUUGAAUUUGACGGCUCCUUCAACAUGAAUACCGGUGCUGGUGACUUCUCACAGUUGGGCAACGUGGAACAGUGGCGGUAUAGCAACAGAACCGACUAUAGGGACGAGUGUGGGGCAGUUAGAGGAUCUACUGGAGAGUUAUGGGCCCCAGAGUAUGGACAAGAGGUGGUUUAUGUGUUCUCUUCGGAUCUUUGCUCAUUCAUACAACUGAGCAAGGUAGGCGACGUCACUGUCCAGGGCAUCGACGGUGUUCGGUACGCAGCCAACGCAACGACUUUUGACAACGGACACCACUACCCACAUAUGGCAUGUUUCUGCGAUGGGCCGGUGUCGGACCCCGACUGCCUGCCGCCCGGCGCCCUCAACGUGUCUCAGUGCCGGUUCGGAGCCCCCGCCUUCGUGUCCUUGCCGCACUUCCUGCUCGCCGACCCUUACUACCCUAGCAAGAUCGAAGGCUUGAACGCUACUGAGGAUAUGAACUUCGGACUGACGCUUGAGAUGUUCACCGGCAUGCCCCUGGGGGUGUCGGCGCAGUUGCAGAUCAAUUUGUUAGUUCGUCACUAUGGGGGACUCACCAUCAACAACCAGUUGCCUGACAACGACACGCUGGUGCCGAUGUUCUGGUUCCGCCAAGAGAUGGAGACGACGGAGGAGUACGCCGGAGUGGCGAGGUUCGCGCUGCGCAUGAGGUACUGGAUACCCUACGCGUUCUACGCCCUCACUGCAAUUGGUGUAGCUCUCCUAGGAACAGGUAUAGCAGUUUUAUUAUUGAAAUUGCUGAAGUCUUCUGAAAGUUCACCGAUACUGCCCGAGGAGGAGAAUACGGCUAGGGACUAA